GGGAGUCUCAGUUUCAAGACUUGAACUUGGGACCCACUGCUGCCCUCAGCUCCUAGUGCGGGGCAAGCUCAGAGUGAGUGCUGGAGGCAGAUCCUGGGCACGAGAGGGCGGCAAUCAACGCGCUGGGCAUGAACCUGGAGGGUGGUGGCAGCCGAGGUGGAGAGUUCGGCAUGAGCUCUGUGAGCUGCGGCAACGGGAAGCUCCGCCAGUGGCUGAUCGACCAGAUCGACAGCGGCAAGUACCCUGGGCUGGUGUGGGAGAACGAGGAGAAGAGCAUCUUCCGCAUCCCCUGGAAGCACGCGGGCAAGCAGGACUACAACCGCGAGGAGGACGCAGCCCUCUUCAAGGCUUGGGCACUAUUUAAAGGGAAAUUCAGAGAAGGCAUUGACAAGCCAGACCCUCCUACGUGGAAGACACGUUUGCGAUGUGCUUUGAACAAGAGCAAUGAUUUUGAGGAGCUGGUUGAGAGAAGCCAGCUGGACAUCUCAGACCCCUACAAAGUGUACAGGAUUGUUCCUGAGGGAGCCAAAAAAGGAGCAAAGCAGCUCACCCUAGAGGACCCACAGAUGACCAUGAGCCACCCCUAUACCAUGACGACGACUUACACCUCACUCCCAGCUCAGCAGGUUCAUAACUAUAUGAUGCCACCCCAUGACCGAACCUGGAGGGAGUAUGUCCCUGACCAGCCCCACCCUGAAAUCUCCUAUCAAUGUCCUGUGACGUUUGGACCCCGAAGUCACCACUGGCAAGGCCCAGCUUGUGAAAAUGGUUGCCAGGUGACAGGAACCUUUUAUGCUUGUGCCCCGCCUGAGUCCCAGGCCUCUGGAAUCCCCAUAGAGCCAAGCAUAAGGUCUGCCGAAGCCUUGGCCCUCUCAGACUGCCGCCUCCACAUCUGCUUGUAUUACCGGGAAAUCCUAGUGAAAGAGUUGACCACGGCCAGCCCUGAAGGUUGUCGGAUCUCCCAUGGACACACCUAUGAUGCCAGUAACCUGGACCAGGUCCUCUUCCCCUACCCAGAUGACAAUGGUCAGAGGAAAAACAUCGAGAAACUGCUGAGCCACCUAGAAAGGGGUGUGGUCCUCUGGAUGGCCCCCGAUGGGCUUUAUGCCAAAAGACUGUGCCAGAGUAGAAUCUAUUGGGAUGGACCCUUAGCACUGUGCAGUGACCGGCCCAACAAACUGGAGAGAGACCAGACCUGCAAGCUAUUUGACACACAGCAGUUUUUAUCAGAGUUGCAAGCCUUUGCUCAUCAUGGCCGACCCCUGCCAAGAUUCCAGGUAACGCUAUGCUUCGGGGAGGAGUUUCCAGAUCCCCAGAGGCAAAGGAAACUCAUCACCGCACAUGUUGAACCUCUACUAGCCAGACAACUAUAUUAUUUUGCUCAACAAAACAGUGGACAUUUCCUAAGGAGCUAUGAUUUGCCUGAACACAUUAGCAGUCCUGAGGAUUAUCACAGAUCUAUUCGCCACUCUUCUAUUCAAGAAUGAAAAUGUCAAGUGAUUUUGUUUCAUUGUAAAUAUCUGACUUUAACAACAACAGCGGAUUGAACCCUCCUCUUUUUAUUCUGAUAAACUUGGGAAUUGGAGCUUCAGUUCAACACUUAAGGAGAAUCUCAGCAGGAAUGUGUAUAGAAAAUGAGCUCCAUCUAAUGCACAGAUGAGCUUUUUCCAAAAGGAAGAACAGUCUUUAAGAUCUUCUAUAGAUUGUCAUCAUUGAUGAUAACUGUGAAAUUUAACCAAAGGUUGUGUUUACAUUUGCUUAAAUGCUAUCUCUUAUUUGAUAUGGAUAAUUUCUUGCUUGAAGACUGAGAAAACUUGUAUUUCAGUAUUGACCACUAAUUAGAGUGAUGAAAGCAGUUAA